GAAGCAGCCGGAUCUCUGGAGUGUCUGACUCUGUCUCUGCUUCCACAUGACGAUGGGGAUUACUCCUUAUCUCUGUGUCCUCCUGCUCUGUCUGACAGGUGUCCGCUCUCAGAUCGUGCUGACACAGCCUGAGUCAGUUGUGAAAAAGCCGGGGGAGUCUGUCAGACUGACCUGUACAGUGAGUGGGUUUAGCCUGGAUGACUACUGGAUGCACUGGGUGAGACAGGUCCCUGGGAAAGGGCUGCAAUGGUUACUUAAUUACAAGCAAGGUCGCACCAGUAGCUACGCGCCUGGAAUUCAAGGCAGAUUCGUCCCUUCAAGAGGCUCCACCACAGUCGCCUACCUCGACAUCAGCCAGUUGAGAGUGGAUGACACUGCCAUGUAUUACUGUGCAAGAGACACACUGAGAGCAAACAGAGCACAGUGGUAUUAUCUUGACUACUGGGGGAGCGGGACCUUCCUGGAAGUGACUUCAGAUGUCCAGAUCAAACCUUCCGUUUAUGCUUCCAGUACUUACCGUGAGACAAGCUCCAACCAAGAUGAGAUCAGCCUCCUCUGUCUAGUCAAGGAUUUCCAGCCCAAGAGCAUCGAUCAGACAUGGUCCAGUGACAAUAGAGUGAUCACAACUGGAGUCAUUAACUAUCCAGCAGUCUUGGGGCAAAAUAUGACAUACACAAUGAGCAGUGUGAUCAAAGUCUCUGCAUCCGAAUGGGAUGCCAACAAGGUCUACCAUUGCAAAGCGGGUUACAAGUCAGAUGAAAUGGUGACAGCCGAGAUCAAAAAGCCGACACCUCAGGCUCCCCACGUCUUCUCUGUUGUUCCAUCCCCGGAAGUUGUCUACAAUCAAACUACUGCUGCCUUGGGGUGCAUGCUAUCUGGAUUCUAUCCUGACAGUGUACAGGUUUCCUGGUUUAAAGCUGGAGUCCGCCAAUCGGGUACCAAACUCCCUUCCAAAAAGGGAAAAGGCAAUAUGUUUGAAACAAUCUCUUACCUGACUGUACAGGUGGCAGAUUGGAAGAAAGGGGAUGAAUACACUUGUGAAGUGAUCCAUGAGGCUACAAGCUUCAAUACCAGGAUCAACAUGAAGUACCAAGAGGAAAUGUCUCUAUUUCUCCAAAAUCCUUCCAUGGAAGAGCUUUGGAUCAACAAGACUGCCACCUUGGUAUGUACAGCAGUCUGUUCUGAUCCCAGCCAAGUCCGGAUCACCUGGAAUGUAAAUGGGAAGCAGAGAAGUGAAGGGGUUACAGCUCAGCCACAGAGAGAGGAAGGCACCCAGUACAUCAUCAUCAGCCAACUCCGAACCACAGCAGAAGAGUGGGAGAACGGGAUGGAGGUUGUGUGCUCUGCUCAAAAUGAUCCCUCAUCCUCACCAGUUACAAAACGGUCACGGAGUGUAAGAGUUCCGCCAAAACAUCCAGAGAUCAGACUGUUGCCUCCACUGGCCCAAGAGAUCAAGAAUCAGAGCAGAGUUACACUAGAGUGUGUGAUCACUGGAUUUUACCCGGACAGCAUACAGGUCUCCUGGGAGAAGGAUGGCAGCCUGACCUCCUCCAACACCCGUGCUGGCCCCACUGCUCUGGAGCAGACAGAGACAUUCAGUGUCAGGCACUACCUGAAUGUGAGAACAGAGGAGUGGAGGAAAGGCUCAGUCUUCACCUGUGCAGUGAGUCAUCCACCCUCCAACUUUAACAUCAGGAAGGAGGUGAAGAAUGUCCAAGAAAUAUCAGUUUUUAUUCGCAAUCCUUCUAAGGAAGAGGUUUGGAUCAACCGGACUGCUACUGUGUUGUGUACGGCAGUCUGUUCUGAUCCCAGCCAGAUCCGGAUCACCUGGAAUGUGAAUGGGAAGCAGAGAAGUGAAGGGGUUACAACGCAGCAACAGAAAGAGGAAGGCACCAAAUACAUGGUCAUCAGCCAACUCCGAACUACAGCAGAGGAGUGGGAGAAUGGGAUGGAGGUUGUGUGCUCUGCUCAAAGUGGUUCCUCCUCUUCUCCCGUGUCAAAACGAACAAGGAGCAUAAAAGCUCCACCAAAAAGUCCCCAAGUCAGACUGCUGCCUCCUUCAGCCCAAGAGAUCAAGAAUCAGAGCAGAGUUACACUCGAGUGUGUGAUCACUGGAUUUUACCCGGACAGCAUACAGGUCUCCUGGGAG